AUGGAUGUCUUCCACGCGUACACAUACUCGACGGCCGGUUGGCUGGCACUUCAGAGCUUACCUCUGAUCGCGGGUCCAAGCAUAAUAGUGACCAUGCUGUUGGAUGAAACCCGACCCGCUUCCCCCAUGGAGCUCUACUUUGCACGAUGCCUCGGAUUUAGUCUUCUUACUAUCGCUGUCUUGACCAUGAUGCUGACGGGCUCUAUCCCUUUGACCGCCGACAUCAAGGAGUCCGUUUCGACAGAUGACAACGAUCCCAAAGCUCCAUAUGCUGUGCCAACUCUGAUGGUCACCUCUAUCUUCCAUAGUGCAUGCGCGUUUUACGCAUACACGUGGUACGUUUCUGCUGGACAAAGCCUCUUUGCCGUUGGAGUUGCUGGAUAUUCCGCUAUUGCAGCUAUUGGGCUAUGGUGCAUGCUUUUUGCAAGCAGCCAUGGCAAGAUCAGUCGUCGUACUGGGGCAGAUAAGAGGACCGCCGGCUUUCCUUUCAAAAAUUCGGAAGCAGCGAAGAAACAUGCAGGAAAGGGACUAGGAAAAGAACAUCCGAGCUUCCAAGGGAAGAUGGACUCCGAACUGCAGAUUUCGUCACCCCGGUUGGCAUCCAUGUCAAUAGGUGACGAGUCAAAUCUCUCUCAGCUAAACCCUUUUGAUGUAGGAUCGCAUACAUUCAUUCCUUACCGUCCGCCGGCUGCCGAAACGCGGCCCCGAAACGCGAAUGCGCGCAACGGCUAUAUCCCCCCUUCACGGCCAGGCGAGCCAGUCCAUGAAUUCAUGGUCGCAACUCAACCCACUCACCAGCAAAAUCAGCCGCGUCAGUCUGGGAAUGAAGCUUCCUCGCACUUUAAACCGCAAGGGCGAUUCCCCAAUCAGAGUGGUUUGCAACAGUCCCGAGAGUAUAACAAUGAUUUCGAGAAUGGACAGCUUGGUAAUAUACAAUCAACCCAUAUGAGAAGGGCAUUCCCUGGCUCUGGGUCCGCGCAAAUUUCACCUCCGGCAUCGCUGUCGCAAAAUAAUCUAGCAAUGGUGAACCACCCGCAAGCUCAUAGUAACAGCUUUGCAAUGUUACCGUCGCCAGUUCAACCAUUUCAGUCAGAUAUCAUUCAAAUGGAACCCGAGUCUGUCGAUCCGUCCACAUUCAGUGGGCCUGGAGAGCUGCGGGGCUUUAAAGUGAUACCUGAUCCUCCUCAUCUGGAUUACUGGAGGGAGAGGUUGUUCAAUGUCGAUGAAAUGAUUACACUGAGCGAGGAUGAAUUCAAUACUUACUUCCCUCAUGUUGACAAUGUAUAUUCCCAUCGCUCAACUCAGCGGUACAAGCGUAAACCCUUCGUUUCUCACUACUGGGACUGCCGACUAAAAGGCCGGCCCCCGGGUACACCCAAAUCGGACGACCCAGAAAAGAAAAAGCGCAAGCGCACAGCCAGAGAAAGGGACCUCUGUCAUGUCAAAAUCAAAGUUGUGGAAUACUUCCCAGUGUCUGAAAUAUCAGACAUAGCCCAUGCAAUCGAGACUGGAUCGUCUACUAUGCCUGGCAUGUAUACUUUUGCUCUGAAUGGCGAGCCCUCGAUCCGAAAUGUUCAAACUUUUGAUAUGCCUACACCCAAUCCUAACUUACCCCCGAGCCAUCCGGGGGCGCAUGGUGGAAGAUACUUCACUAUACAACGAGUGAAUGGUAACGGUGCCAAUGGGAAGAAUGACGGCGUGGGCGGCGGUCAUCAACAUACACUUGAAGAGAGUGACCGAGUAAAGAAGAGCAGUGUUCAACGGUUUAUUAUGAAGGACAAAAAAGAUAGGAGGACAAGAGCGCUUGAGGAUCUGAGUGUUGGAGCUGCGAUGCUUCCAGCAGAUGCAAAACUGCGUGCUCAUUGCCGAUUGUGGGCAGACCAUGUUAACCGACACGUUGUGCCCGGUUUCUACCGUGUGCUGCAGGAGCAAGACCAACAGAAGCAGAUUGAGAAAACGCAGGAACUGCGGGAGUCCUUGGAGCAGCUGCUGGAAGUGGCACAUCCCAAAGGACCUUUCUUCAUGGGCUCGCAGAUGUCCCUUGUAGACGUUCAAGCCGCCCCGUGGAUCAUUCGAUUGAGACGAGUUCUGAAGCCUUACCGAGGCUGGCCGGAUCCCGAGGAGGGAAGCAGAUUGGCGGCUUGGGUGAACGCUAUUGAGACCGACCAGCAUGUUCAGGCAACAACUAGCACGGAUGAGCUGUACCUGGACAGCUACGAGCGAUAUGCCCAAAACCGUCCAAACACAUCACAAGUCGCAAAUGCGAUCAACGCAGGACAAGGCCUUCCUUGA